CCCCAAACGAGCCUCUUGCCCCGACGUUGCCCCCAGCCAAGCGCCUCAAGACCGACACAGCCAACGAAACCAUGGAUUCAUCCAACGGCACGGCCAAGCAACAGCAGGACCUGCAAGGACCCCCGCUCCUCAUCAAGAAGCUCUCCGACAAGGCCCGUCUUCCGACCCGCGGCAGCGCCUUUGCAGCAGGCUACGACCUCUACGCGGCGCGCGACGCAACCAUCCCCGCUCGGGGGAAGGGGUUGGUCGACACAGAUAUCAGCAUGUCCAUUCCGGUGGGGACUUACGGUAGAAUUGCCCCCCGCUCUGGGCUUGCCGCGAAGCACUUCAUCGAUACGGGCGCGGGCGUCAUUGACGCUGAUUAUCGGGGACCUCUCAAGGUGCUACUGUUCAACCACGCCGACUCCGACUUUGAGGUGAAGGAAGGGGAUCGAGUUGCGCAGCUGGUAAUUGAGAGGAUCUACACGCCCGAGGUAGUGGAGGUGCAGGAGUUGGAGGCGAGCGUGAGGGGCGCUGGCGGGUUUGGCAGCACAGGCGGGUUUGGCAGCACAGGCGGGUUUGGCACCACAACGACUAACUAAGCGCGGAUGUAUUUGUUUCGGGACGGCGCGAGAUCGGAUAAGGCAUGGGAUUCGGUAUCUGGCAAACGGUUUACCAAGGCAACUUUUCGGCAUUCAGCGUAGUCGUGACGGCAUAUAUGAGCCAGCGUUCCUCACGAGAAAACUGGGCAUUAUUAGUAUUGUCAUAGACAAGGUCUAUCGCGCUCUACCAUUAUAUCCGUCCAUAUGCAAUGCGUCUAUACCGAACCAAACCUCCUCUAACCCAUGUACAGCCUCGUGGCACGGAAUUCUACCUGCGGAAACCUUAGACUAUCAAGAUGCCGGACAAGCCUCAACUCGGCCGCCUUGCUCUUCAGCAAGUGCAUCUUCUUCUCCUCCGCUCCCG